AGUGAGAAGAGGCUUCUUGCGCGGGCAGAAGGGAGAGAGGAGAAACACAGAACUUAUUUGUUGUGAGUGAUAAUUUGCUGUUGUCAACAUUCCGGUGAAGGCGAAGGAACUCUCGAAUGUGCGAAAUUUGACACUUCAGUAGCUGCGGACGCGUCACUCUCUGUCUACUUGCUCGUCAAAAUCGAGCUUGCCUGAAAGAUUUUGUCUGCGUUCAUCAUGGACCAUGUCAUUGUGAUUCGCGACUACCGGCCUGGAGACGAGCUCCAGUGCAAGGAGAUUGUACGGGAGGGCACUAUGUCUACUGUGAAUACGGCUUUCAUUGCGGGGCUGACGAGGGAGAUCACCUUCCAGGCCAUGGUUGUCACCUCAGCUGUCAUGUUCAUCUUCAUGGGUGUCCCAUUAAGCAUUUGCCUAGGUUCUAUUCCUGUUGUCAUUGUAGCCAUGUAUGUGAUUAUCUACCUGGCCCACACUCUCAAAACAAUGGAAAUGAUGCAAGAUAUAUCCAGCAUUCCCCGUUUCUACAUGUCCUCAGAUUACACAGGCUUUUGGGUGGCGGAGGCUUGUGAGCCAAUGUUUAUGACUCAAGACCCAAAACAUGCUAAGUACCUCGUAAUGACUGAAAGUGAAAUGCAGAGGCAGUCUGUGCAACUUGCUUCUCAUCUUAAGAAAACAGUAAUUGGUACUAUUGCCGUGACAAGAAGUAAAUCUGAAGAAAACACAGCCUGGUUACGACGUAUGGCUGUUCAUCCCCGAUACCAGCAUAAAGGAAUUGGCUCCCAACUUGUCGAUGAAGUUAUUAAAUUUGCAGUUAGUAAGGGGUACGAUGCAAUAGAACUUGUAACAUCAGAAUGUCACAACAAUGCACGAGAACUAUAUCUGAAGAAAGGUUUUGAACUGAAGCAGAUGUAUCACAAACAUGUGUUUGGAUCUCUAGUCUCCAUUCUCAUUUAUGAGCUCACGCUCAGCUUGAAACAGAGAGUUCCAAUCAACCCGUAAGACGUAAUGCUUUUACAUUCUCUGUCAUCUGCAGUAUUAUUCAAGACUUGUAUUUCAUGUUACUGAAUCUGUCAUUUUAUAUUUUUAUAUUUUCUUUCAGUCCUAACUGGCGAAUUUGAAUGUUUUUGUUUCUAUGAUGGAUUAAAUACUCACAGUGAAGGAGGAGCAUUCUGGCUUCUAAGUUUCUGAUAUGUACAUGUACAAUAUUUUUCAGUUCUCAAAUUAUAUAACUUUACUUCUUUACUUGUUGGGAUUUUCUUCAAUGUUGGGAAGUUUAGAAUGGCAAUUAUAUUUUUAAGAUAAGAAAUUUGCUUUGACAUAAUUCAUAAUUUUAAAAAUAGUUACAAUAAAAGGACAUCAGUUCAAAGAUACAUAA